CAAAUCAAUGGUUAAUUUUGUGGUUAUGGUUUAAGUAUAAUAACUUGUUUUUGCUUUAUUUGUAGUAAAUCCAUGCAUUAUUAUCCUAUGGGUCUGAUUUAUGUAAAUAUUAAAAAAAAGUGCAUUACUCAAUUCACAUUCCUAUCAAUUGUAUGCAGUUAGAUUAAAUUGUAUUGGUUCCAAUGACUGGAAAUGAAGUCGCUGAUGGCAAACGGCAUUAUCCAUCACCACCAGACAUGUUGGUAGCCUGUACUUGUAAGAGUUCUUGCCAAACGCGUGUCCAGUUCUUCUUUAUGGUUUCUGGAAGCGCUGUAAAACGUUAGCGUCUCUAGUUAAACGUCGCGAACGCACCGCCGCUCGACCUUCACUAAAAUCAACGCAGUCUCGCCAGCGCCGGUUUGCGCAUGCGUAGACGCGCGGGUCUGCUUCGAGCGGGUCGCGAACUCUGACCUCCUGUAGCUGCAGCGAGCCGUCAGUUUACAGAUAAUUUAUCAAAACACCACAGUUGUUGGAUAAUUCCUCGCGCGUUCAGGGGAGCGUGUGGCUGAUGGGGCGUUGCUGAGCCUCGGUUCGGACAGAACGCCAUCAUGGAAGGAGAAAGUCCCAGAAUUCAGCUGGUUUCUGCAGAUGGAGGCCUGCAGAUCGUGACGGAGCAGCAGCUGGCUCAGAAGGUGCAGAUAGUCACAGCCAUUGAUCAGGUUGGAGCCGGCAAGCAGCAGUUUAUAUUAGCUAACCUGGAUUACCCCAACCAGGAGAAACUGUUCAUCAAACAAGAGAACUCGCCAGCCAAGGUCAUCCUAACAUCUGCUGAUGGGUCUGCGGUCAAUCAGCUGCUCUUCGCGUCGCCUGAGCUGACAGGACAACAGAUCCAGUUUGUGACGGAAGGCUCGGAGCAGGGCGCUACGAAGCCUCCAGUGGAGUAUUGUGUAGUUUGCGGAGACAAGGCCUCAGGUCGUCACUACGGAGCAGUGAGCUGUGAGGGCUGUAAGGGUUUCUUCAAGCGCAGCAUCAGGAAGAAUCUGGUGUACACGUGCCGGGGGUCCGGAGAAUGCGUCAUCAACAAACACCAUCGAAACCGGUGUCAGUACUGCAGACUGCAGCGCUGCAUGGCCCUCGGCAUGAAACAAGACUCUGUUCAGUGCGAGAGGAAGCCGGUGGAGGUGUCCAGAGAGAAGCCGGCGAACUGCGCGCCCUCCAUCGAAAAGAUCUACAUCCGUAAAAACCUCUGCAGCCCUCUCGCCGCCAUGCCAACGUUUGUCAGCGAAAAAGAGACUGCCAGGUCCACCAGUUUACUGGACUCCAACAUGCUCUUGAACAUCCAGCAGUCUCUUUCCAAACUUGACAACACCAUUUUAAUCCCUUCUUCACCAGAUCAGACCGAUUCUAGUCAAGGAGACCUCGGUACCUUGGCCAACGUGGUCACAUCACUCGGUCACCUCAGCAAAAGUCGCGAGAUGAUGGGCAGCGGUACGGACCUGUCGGGGAUAGAGACCAUGAGUAACGAUGACAGCGUUAUGACGGACGUUCAAAGAGAUGAGUCGAACGACGUCACGCGGGCUUUUGACACGCUCAAGUGUCUUCAGUCGGAGGAGGGUUGUGGAGAAGAGGUGGCUGAAGGGGCAGUCAGGAUGGACGAACAGAACACCGCCCUCCUGGAACUCGAGGGCCCGCUGCUCUCAGACAUGCAUGUGCCCUUUAAGCUGAUGAUGCCGCUGCCCAUGCCAGACUUCCUGAAUCUGAAUUACAUCUGCGAAUCAGCUUCUCGUCUGCUUUUCCUCUCAAUGCACUGGGCACGCUCUAUUCCAGCUUUCCAGGCUCUUGGCUCGGAGAACAGCAUCACGCUGAUGAAGGCCUGCUGGAAUGAAUUGUUUGCUUUAGGUCUGGCUCAGUGUUCACACAUUAUGAAUGUAGAAACCAUCCUCACAGCCAUAAUUAACCACUUACAGACCAGCCUGGAUGAAGAAAAGCUGUCGCCGGAGCGCGUGAAGCUAGUCAUGGAGCAUAUCUGGCGCAUGCAGGAAUUUUGUAACAGCAUGAGCCGCAUGAGUCCCGACGCGUAUGAAUACGCUUACCUCAAAGCCGUGGUUCUCUUCAGCCCAGAUCACUCCGGAGUCGACGGCGCCCUUCAGAUCGAACGCUUUCAGGAGAAAGCUUACAUGGAACUCCAGGACUACGUGAGCAAAGUGUAUCCAGAGGACACGUAUCGUCUUUCAAAACUGUUAGUUCGUCUGCCUGCCCUGCGGCUCAUGAGCGCGGCGGUGACCGAAGAGCUCUUUUUCGCCGGUCUAAUCGGGAACGUUCAGAUCGACAGCAUCAUUCCCUACAUCCUCAAAAUGGAGUCUACCGACUACAACAGCCAGCCAAUCAGCACUGCCGAGUGACAGGAACCCCGCCCCCACAGCCACACCCAGCGGCUUUUUUCGCUCGCCCAGGCCCUCUGAGCCCCAAACAGAUAUAAUCGAGUCGAUUUUGAAUGAGGAAAUCAUUUUGUUCUGACUUUGCUUUUUCAUUUGGUCAGUGGUUGUGUCUAUGGGUUACGUAGUUGCGGUCGGAUCGUUUGACUUUUAUUGUACUAGUGUACUUAUUACUAGAAAAAGUGUCUAUAAAGAUACAGGAAGUGCAAGGAAUCUGUUCUUAAGAACGUGUUCCAAAGAGAACUUUGCCCCCAGCCCCAAGCACUGACUUUCUCUGUAUGUAUAUGAAUGAUGUAUAUAGGAAUAAUAAAUGUCGAAUCAAGGGGGAAAAUGUCUGUAUUUUGGUAUUUGUUGGAGGCCGUUCCUUUUUUUACGAACACAUUAAAUGUGAUUAUACAGGGUCCCCACAA